ACCCAUCGCACCGGGCAGGGCAGGGUGGGCAGAGUAGGGUGGGCCCAGCGAACGGCAUGAGCGCCGGUGGGGAAGUGGCAGGUGAGGGGCGCGGAGCCGCCGACCUCCACCUCGGAGAAGGAUCGUUCCCCCGCGGCGAGCCGGGCUCGGCGGGGAGCAGCCCCGUGCCCAGCCCCGGGUCCCCUGGGCCCGAGGAGCCAUUGCAGAAACGACAGAGAACUGUGGAGGAUUUCAACCAGUUCUGUACCUUUGUCUUGGCCUAUGCAGGCUACAUCCCCUACCCUGAAGAGAAUGAGCCCUGGACCCAUGGAGGCAGCAUGAGUCCCCAGAACAGCACAGGGAGCACUCAGGACAGCGAUAGCUGGGCUUCAUCCCACUCUUCUGACUGCCACAUCCUGAUGGAUAAGGGGAGGAGCAGGAAUGCUGUGGCCAGGGGGGCUGUGGACAACAGUCUGCUCCUGAGCUGCCCUGCCUUCCCUACCAGCUUCUGUGAUGUCCGGCCCCAGCAAACCAAGCGGAAGAAACCACCUGCAAAGAAACUCAUUUUGGAGCAGGAGGUGGAGAAAAGUGUGCCACUGAAUGCUGGAAAGGGCUUGGAGACAGAGCAGGAUGAAGUGAAGGAGCUGGCAGUGCUGGAGGGACAGUUGCCUCCUGUUAAAGAACAGCUCUCAGAACCUUCCCUCAACCCAGCUGGGGACUCCCAGCCCAAGUCCCUGCUGGAGGAGCUCAUGAAGGAGGAGAAGGACUGCAUGCACGGAGCACAGGGGACUGAGAAGCCAGUAGAUGAUCCUCAGCUAAAGGAGCAUGACCCCUGCUCUGGAGGGACAAAAAGCCCCAGCUCAUGUAGUACCUUGGACCAAAGUGAAGGGGAAGAUGCAAGCAGAGGCAGCUCCCAGCCUAGUGCAGUUGAAUUUGCAGCAGCUCCCAACACCAAAGCAGAAGAUGACGAUGCCUGGGAUCUGAUCACCUGCUUCUGCCUGAAGCCCUUUGCAGGGAGGCCCAUGAUUGAAUGUAACGAGUGUGCUACCUGGAUCCACCUCUCUUGUGCCAAGAUCCGCAAAUCCAACGUGCCUGAGGUCUUCAUCUGCCAGCGAUGCCGCGAUGCCAAGCAGGAGAUUCGGCGCUCCAACAGAGCUCGGACGGUGCCCCGCAAGCGCUUCUGUGACUGAAGCUCCUCCAGAGCAGGGAGGACAGGGGUCCCCUUUAUAAACUGGAGACUGUAGCCUGAUCUGGCUAGACAAUCAAUGCACAGUGAUGGCAGGGGAGGGACUGGGCUGCAGGGCUGGACUGUUCCCCUUGCACUUCUGACUUCUGGAAACUGCCACAUGUGUCCUCCCUGGGGAUCGUGCUGGCCAUGGAGCUCAGUUACCCCUAGAGGUGUGGGGAGAAGAGGAGGGUGGUCCAGCCAUGCACUAGGUUACUCAGAAACAUCUCUGUCUUUGCAUGAAGCUGGCUCAGUGCCUUUCCCCUAGGGCAGCCAAGGAGAACCUAGUCCAAGUAGUUUUUCUGUGGUGUGGUGGAAGCUUACACUUAUCCCAAGAUGUGACCCCUUCCUACUUUUUCCUCACUCUUCCUUUCCUUGUCUCAGACCUUGGGGUGGGCUGCAAUGGCAAAGCCCCAGUGACCCAAGUUCUCCUCCAGCAAGUAGGUGUAGCCCAGGCAAGCUCCUUCUGUGUAAUAGGCUGCUUUCCAGGCUGGGAAGGAACAUCCAUCCCAUUGAUGCUUGAAGGAGACCGGGGCUCUGCAUCUUGGGGGUAUUGGUGGAGCAAUCCAUCUCUGGCUCAUCAGCCUUGCAGGCUGCACAGGGGAAGUCCUUCCCCUAGCCCAUGGUGCUUCUGGUUUCAUUUGCUGUGCCUGUGGCCCCAGGAUAGUCCUGUUGGGUCAGGAGCAGCAGAGCCAUCCUCUCAUAGACGAUUAUAAAAGCUGUUCUUGCUGAGCAGCUCUCUGUGGUUCAUGUUUUCCAGUUGCACUAAGGCCCUCUUCUUGAAGGGAAGGGGGGAUUCCCAGCAGGAGAGCCAACUGUGGUAGGGCAGGAGAAUGCUCUCGUUAGCUUUCAAUAUUUUCCGCUUUAAAUCAAAUGAAGCUCAUACCCUGUGGGCAUCUCCUGCUUGCAGGGCUGUCUGAGGGAACAUCUACUUCAACACCAACUGGGUGCUGAGACCUGAGCUCAGGUGGAGCCAGGAGCUGGGAGAGCCUUGCUUUCCAGUACUCUGUCACAGAAGUUUUUUUUCCCUGGACACAGAGAGUGAAAUCUAAUGACUUGUCAAGUGUGGGCCCUGAGCCCCUUCUGCUAUGCAACUGCUGCUCUGGAGACACAGGACAUGCCCCCUCCAGGCCCACAGUUAAGUUUGGCAGUGGAAAGCCUUUCCCCCUCCAUGUCCCCUGUGUGCAGUGUGUGUGAUCUCCCAGGGCCCUGUGUGCACUAACUGUUGGAUCCCACCUGCUCCUCAGCCCCUCCAAAGAGCCUGGCCCAUGUGCCUUCUGCACUUUCCCUGGGGGGCACAGACCCUGCUCCUGUCCCAGUGACACUUGGCUCGGCCUCUGUCGCAUCACUGCCCACAGCAGGUAGGGGACAGCCCCCACUUGCCUGUGCCCAUGACUAUAUUUCUUAACUAGGUUCUUUCCUACUUGCACAUCUGGUUACUGUGGGACCACAACUGGAGGAGGGUGUGUGGGGCAGCCCCCUGUCACUCAGCAGCCCCAGGCUUGUCCCUGUGCCUCUCUCCUCCUGUGGAAAGCCUGGGCCCCAAAAGUGCUUUAUGUUUUUAUAGUUACUUUGUAUUGAUAUGUAAAAUAGCAAAUUCUGGUCCUUGCCCUGUGGAGUGUGGCUGGAGUCUUAUGUAUAUAAUAAAGUUACU